GGCGCUUAUUGGAGCACAGCCUUCUCUCUGUGAGGUUGAGUGGUGUUGACUGAAGCUGGUUCAGAAAGCGCACAGUUAUCAGGGAAAGGGCUGUUAAAUGAGUGUUUUGAUCAUUUAGAGAGAGCAGCAGUGUCUCCAGGUUCAUCAUGGUGGAGUCUCACUUUCAGAUCCAGCUCACGGCCAUCCUGGACGGUCUGAUGAAAACAGCAGUGUCGGAUAUCUGCGCCCUGACCGACAGCUGGGUCCAGUCUCUACAGAUGGAGAUCAGGAGGAGCCAGAGGGAGAACCGGGAUUUAAAGCAGAAACUCUACAGCAUGGAGCAGCCGCCUCCUGCUCAAACACCUCCGGAGGAGAAGAGCGAGGUCGAGGAGGCGCCUGUUAACACUGACCUGACCUCCGACUCUGGGAGUGAAUUUGCAGCAUUUAAAAGAGGGCAGUGGUGUGUCAUGCUGCAGAAAUGGAACCCUGCACUAGGUGGAGCAAAAGCUGAGGUGAUGGACAGAUCCAUUAGCCAAAUUGAAGAAGAAGAGGUGGAUUGUAACACAACAUCCAAUGAUGUAGUUCCUACACCUGUGUGUGAGGAUAGUAAAGGGAACCCCCCACUUUAUGAACUUAAGACUGAAUUAGAGAGGACUGGACCUGGUCUCCAGAAUCCAGAAUGCAGUCCAGAUGUCACUGCAGACUUCGAAAAUGAGCAUGAGGAUCCUGCCCUGUUGGAUCAAAACAACGAGACAGAGAGCACUGAGCAUUUCCCACAGCCUAAAACGGAGGAGGAGGACGAGUUUGAUGUCUCCUGCUUACUGAUGCCUGAUCUACAGCCCAGUUCCACACAGCUGCACAGGGACAGUCACUCACAAUCAACAAACCCAGACUCAAACUGCAUGUCUUUAAAUUUUGAGAACAAUUUUAAUUUAUCUGCAACGGUUCCAGUGGCCAGACGUUUUGCAAAAAGGACCUCGGUUUCUCUGACGUGUGAAAAACAGAUCAGGGAAUCUUUUAUCUGCAAUAUCUGUGGAAAAACUCUUACAGCAAAAAGAUCAUUUAUUUGUCACUUGAGGUUGCAUACUGGAGAGAGGCCUUUCAAAUGUAUUCAGUGUGGAAAGAGUUUUGCCAAGAAAUUUAACCUCGACGUCCACUAUAACGUCCACUCUGGAGCGAGACCCUACGCCUGUCCUCUCUGCCCACGGUCAUUCGCUGACCCCAGUGCUUUUGGAAGACACAAGAUGGUGCACAGGAAGAAGUUACUGCAGGACACCUACAGCCCUAAAAGUACAUUUGUUUGUAACAUUUGUGGCCAAAGCUUUUCGUCGAGACCCUCGCUUACUUUACACUUUAGAUUACACGCUGCAGAGAAGCAACACAGCGCACAGAAGGUUCUGUACAGAAAUGUGCAUUGAAAAUUUUACUGAUUACAAUAUUUUCUACACUACUGUCUAAAUACAGUGCUAAUUUAAAUGUACAUUUACAGUAUGUAAUGUGGACAAAUACAAUUCUUAUUAGACUUCAAUGAAUUUCAGCAUAGAAAGAUUUAGAGAUGUACCGAAAUAAAUUUGUCCAAAGGCUGAAUACAAAACACAGAACAUGUUUUCAUUCAUUUUGCCACUUUUCUACUAUUGAAUAAAUUAAAUAGCCUGCACAAAUCCUUUUGUCUUGCUUUUUUAAGGACACAGCAAUUACAAAACCCCAGUUUAUAAAUAUUAAUUAAACAUGUUUUUUAAUAUCUCAACAGACACCAACUGUACAACAACAAAGCACAAUACAUUUUCUUCAGCAGUGCUAUUCUACUCAUGAAUUUACUUCAGCAGUGCUACUCAAGUCACAUGUGUGCAAAAUAAAAAAAACUGAUACUAAGCAAAAUUUGAUUUAAUUUAUGUUAAUAGAGCAUUUUCGGUGGAAUAUUUUGAGUUGCCUUAAAUUUGGUGCAUCCCUAAUUUUAUUCCAAGCAAUUCUGGAUCAUUUCUAUUGGUCCAGUUAUGUUCAACAU